GGAGCGCGGGCCGCCCGAGCCGUCGUCACCGCCACCGUCACCGUCACGACCGCCGAGAAGCCCUUGUUCCCGCGGCCGGGAAGGAGAGUCGAGCGCCGACAAGAUGGCGGACGGGGAGCUGAACGUGGAUAGUCUCAUCACCCGGCUUCUGGAGGUACGGGGAUGUCGUCCUGGGAAGAUUGUGCAGAUGACCGAAGCAGAGGUCCGAGGCUUGUGCAUCAAAUCUCGAGAGAUCUUCCUCAGUCAGCCUAUACUUCUGGAGUUAGAAGCUCCCUUGAAAAUUUGUGGAGACAUUCAUGGUCAAUAUACAGACUUACUUCGAUUAUUUGAAUAUGGAGGAUUCCCACCAGAAGCCAACUAUCUAUUCCUGGGAGAUUAUGUGGACAGAGGAAAGCAGUCUUUGGAAACCAUUUGUUUGCUAUUGGCUUAUAAAAUCAAAUACCCGGAGAACUUCUUCCUCUUAAGAGGAAAUCAUGAAUGUGCUAGCAUCAAUCGUAUUUAUGGAUUCUAUGAUGAAUGCAAACGAAGGUUUAAUAUUAAACUAUGGAAGACUUUCACAGAUUGUUUUAACUGUCUGCCUAUUGCAGCCAUUGUGGAUGAGAAGAUCUUCUGUUGUCAUGGAGGACUUUCACCAGAUCUUCAAUCAAUGGAGCAGAUUCGGAGAAUUAUGAGACCAACAGAUGUCCCUGAUACAGGUUUACUUUGUGAUUUGCUGUGGUCUGACCCAGAUAAGGAUGUACAAGGUUGGGGAGAAAAUGAUCGUGGUGUUUCUUUCACAUUUGGGGCUGAUGUGGUCAGUAAAUUUCUGAAUCGUCAUGACUUGGACUUGAUUUGUCGAGCUCAUCAGGUGGUUGAAGAUGGAUAUGAAUUUUUUGCCAAGCGACAGCUGGUAACCUUAUUUUCAGCCCCAAAUUACUGUGGCGAAUUUGAUAAUGCUGGUGGAAUGAUGAGUGUCGAUGAAACUUUGAUGUGUUCAUUUCAGAUACUAAAACCAUCUGAAAAGAAAGCCAAGUACCAGUAUGGUGGACUGAAUUCUGGACGUCCUGUCACUCCACCUCGAACAGCUAAUCCCCCGAAGAAAAGGUGAAGAAAGGAUCUGUGUAGAGAACCCAUUAGAUCUGUCAAGGACAAAACUCCGUAAUAUAUAAGUGUGCACUGUAAAACCAUCCAGCCAUUUGACACUCUUUAUGAUGUCACACAUUUAACUUAAAGAGACGGGUAAAGGAUCUUCAUUUUUUUUUCCUAGUAGAAAGAUGUGCAACACUGUAUUGUAACAAGUAUACUCUGUUCUAAUAUCCAGCAAAGUUAAAUCCAGAUUCAAAAAUACCCAUUAAGGUUCCAUAUGCACUUAUCAUGGUUUUUAAAGUUGAAAAGCAUCCCAGUUAAAACUAGAUGUGAUAGUUAAACCAGAUGAAAGCAUGAUGAUCCACUUGUGUAAUGUGGUUUUUAGUGUUGCUUGAUUGUUUAAUUACUUUGGGUUUGUUUGGGGGGGUGGGGGGAGGUUUGUUUUGGAUUUUUUUAAGCUAGAAUAAUGGUAAAUGGUUUUCAUUUUCCCUAGAUUUUUUGGAAGUGAAAUGUGGGGAGGGACUUUUAAAAACAGCCACUGACUUAUUUUCCCUUGCUUAUUGAGCUGUUUACCUGUUUAACUUAGUAAAUAUGCAGCCCGUUAUACUUUUUUAAAAGGAUAAUAUACAGUGAUAGUGAAUAAAAACAUGCAAACUCAGUCCGAUCUAGUAACUUAAGCAACUUGACUGAGCAAUCUGACCAGCCGACAGUAGACAUUUUGCUUUUUACUUAAAUUGCCACUGAUUUGGACUUGCGCACUAUAAUAUUUUAACUUAUUAAUGCUAUAUUGUGCAGUAGCAUUUCAUUUAACUUUAAGAUAAGGCUCAAAUAGUAUUACCCAAUUAGUUAGUAAUGUGAUUAUGUGGUACCUUGGCUUUAGAUUUAAUUAGCACGAAACACCUUUUGGCAUGCUUAGCUUUCAGGUAACACCCGCACCUGCAUCAGAACAUUUUUUUGUAGAUCCCCAGAAUGUGAGGAUCCUUUUUUGAUAAGCCUCAGAAAGCUGAUACUUUCUUUUUAAAAUUUUCCUAAAGAAGGGAUGUAUUUAAAUGGAUGCUGAUUGGUGGGAUACUGUCAACUAUAUGAUUAUUGGGUGCUUAACUGUCUAGUAUUGCCAUGUGGAUGUUGUAUGCGAUUGUAAGGCUUAUAUCACUAAAGAUUUUAUCCUCCUGGAUUUUCAUGAUCAAAGUUCAUACAAUAUUACUGUAUAGACUUAUGCUUUGUAGUGUACUAUAGUAGCAAUAAUUUCUGUACAUGAUCAAGAGUUUAUUGCUAUAUUUCUUUUACUGUUCUUUUUCCCCUCCCCUUUUUUAGGGUUAACAUUAGCAAAUGGCAAGGUGUAAAAAAGUCAUUUAAAGUUCUUAGUAAGAUGAAAAUUGCAAGACACAGAUUUGUGGUUCUUUACUGAAUGUAAUUAUAAAGGUUUUUAUUGAACGUUGUCAAAUUUAUAAGCUUGGAGAAAGAUACCAGAUUUAUAAUGCCAUUCUGAAUGUGCUACAAUAGAUGUAAAACUCUUUAUUAUUGUCUUUGAAAAUGUUAAAUUGAGGAUUCUAGUAACUUAACAUUUGAAUUGGCACGUUACAUAAUGCAAGAGAUAUUUGAUUUUUGACACAGUGAAAAAGUUCUUUAAAAUAGAUGUCUCUUUUCUAAUUCCAUUUUGUUUUAAAGGCGUAUUUCAAAUGUAGUUUUUUUUUUCCAUUUAGUAAAAGUUGUCUAAUUGAUUUGAAGCCUGACUGGUUUUUGUCUUUUUUCUUUCCGAUGAACUUUUAAAACAAACAAUAACAAUCACAACAACACACUUUUCUCCGAAGGACUUGUCAUUAUAGACUUGAUGUGUGCUGGCUCGGUGCCUCUUCAGAAAAAUGUCUAUACUAUAGAUUCUAUAGACUAUCUAUUUAUAUCUACAUACAUGUAGAUAUAGAUAUCUAUGUAGCUGUCUAUACAAAUACAUGUAAACAUACAUAAAAUAUGUAAAUGCUACUGACAUUGCUUCAUUCUUGGUAUACUGGGUUAAAUUUAACAACAGCACUUUGUCUAACUUGAUUUUAAAUGUCAAUUUAUUUAAAUAGUAAUCAGAGCUGAAACUGAAUAGUAGACUCUUCAAGGAUUUUGGAUUCAGUAUAUUUUUGGUGUGGGUAUAUAUAAGGAAGGCUUGGAAAUUGUGUUUUAGAUGGCAUAGAAGAUGGAAUAAAUUGUAUCUUUUGUUAACUGUACAUAAUACAUUGAAACCUCAUUAAUUCAAAUUCAUUUAAUUGGGAAUUUGUAAUAAUUCAGAUAGGAUUGAAGUUUACCUUUAUACAAUCUAUGAAAAAAGAUGACUAACUAUGUGAAUUUUUAUAGUAUAAACUAAACUAGGAGGAGGAAUCAGCUAGAUUAUUCGGGGAGUGUGUUAGCCUACUUAAGAAAUUUUUUAACCCCUCUUAACCACUUUAGCAACAUCAUUUGCAUAUAAAUAAUGUGUUCAUUACAAAUGUUUAUCUACUUGGCUACACUGUUACAUAUUGCUAUGUACUUGAAAGUAAUAAAACUUAAUUUCUUUUUUUAACAAAA